AUGUCGCGGAUUAUGGACAUUGACUCACAGCCAAACUUAAAGUGUUUGUCUGACAGCGAUCCCACGGCCGGGACGGUUCCAGAAACACAGAAGGCGACCGUGCCCAACGACAAUGUUGCUGAAAAGCAGGACCAGGGCCAAACGAGCCACCCUGGAGCUCCACCAGAUGGAAUUGUCGUUACAUUCGGUGACUACCAGAACUUCUACGAGUCCGGCCAGCUCUUCGCCCAGACCUCAUCCAAUAUCUCAUGGAUUGGCUCGAUCCAAACAUUCUUGGUGUUUGCGACUGGAGCGGUGGCAGGCCCCAUUUUUGAUCGCGGCCAGCUGAGGCCCUUACUCAUCGUGGGGACGUUCUGUCUAGUAUUCGGUCAUAUGAUGCUUUCGCUUUGCAAGGAGUAUUGGCAAGCAUUGCUGGCCCAGGGGUCCAUGGUAGGCAUCGGUGCUGGCUGUCUAUUCGUGCCGUCGCUCGCUGUCAUGCAGCCCUACUUCAGUCGGCAUUUAGGUCUGGCGAUUGGAAUUGCAGCCACCGGAAGCUCGAUCGGUGGAGUGGUAUAUCCUGUCAUUUUCAUCAAUCUUAUUGACCGACUUGGUUUCGGAUGGACUGUUCGCAUCAUGGGUUUUGUGAGUCUGGGAACCCUGCCGAUCCCGAUCACUAUCUCCAAGAUGCGGGUUAAGCCAGCUGGAGUCCGUAAAAUGUUCGAUCUGUCUGCGUUUUUUGAUGGUCCAUACCUGCUGUGUAUAUUUGCCUGCUUCUUGGGGUAUACAGGCUGCUAUACAGCGUUUUAUUAUAUUUCACUGUAUGGGAAGAUGCGUGGGUGGAUGAGUCCUCACGCUUCUCUCUAUCUUGUGCCCAUUCUCAAUUCAUCCUCAAUCCUCGGCAGGACCAUUCCCAACUGGGUCUCAGACUGGACUGGACCGACGAAUGUUGUGAUUCCUGGGUCGUUUCCCACCGGCGUGGUUCUACUCUGCAAUCUGGCCGUUAGAAGUGAGGCUGGAAUCAUUUGCACGGCCAUAUUUACCGGAUUCUCCUCGGAUAUCUUCAUCGCCACCCCUCCGCUUCUCUUCGUUGCGCUCACCAAGGAUAAAUCCAAGAUCGGGACACGGAUGGGAAUGGCAUUCGCACUGCUUGGUCUUGGCGUCUUAACAGGAGGCUCGGGCAGUGGGGGCGUCCUUCAACGAAACCCAGACCAUCUGGACUGGACUGGCACCUGGACGUAUGGGGGUGUGUUCACUUUAGGAUCCGGGGUGUGUUUCCUCAUUUUGAGGAUCUGGUUGGCGGGGCUCAGAAUUAACAAGAGGGUUUAA